UCAAGUUAUUGAACGGUUGAUGAUUGGGAGAUUCUAUGAACUCUCGCACUGAUCUGAAGUACUGUUGAACGAGAAUAUAAAAGGGAAGAAACCAAGGACGAAGAGAAGAAGACGGUAAGCUAGCAGACUGUGGCCAUGUGUUUCAGAUUUGCAGUUCUGCUAGCCCUUCUGAUAAGCUUCGCAGCCGCCGGCGAUGUUAAUUUAAUCUCCAAUGGCUUCCGGUCCUCAAAUCUAAGCCUUGAUGGCAUCGCGGAGUUCACUUCCAAUGGACUCCUAAAGCUCACCAAUGAAACCAGGCAACAAAAAGGUCAUGCUUUCUACCCUAACCCUGUAAACUUCAAGAACUCAACGAACGGUUCAGUUUUUACCUUCUCCACGACCUUUGUCUUCGCUAUCAUCCCUGAAUAUCCGAAUCUCAGUGGUCACGGAAUCGCUUUCGUGAUUGCACCCACCAGGGGCCUCCCCGGAGCUCUUCCGAGCCAGUUUCUCGGACUCUUCAACGAGUCCAACAAUGGUAAUGCUACGAAUCAUGUUGUUGCUGUAGAACUCGAUACGAUACAAAGUAACGAGUUUGCUGACAUCAAUGACAAUCACGUUGGGAUUGAUAUUAAUGGGUUGAAGUCUGAUAAAUCUUUUCCAGCUGGAUAUUAUGAGGAUGGCACCCGUCAGUUUAGAAACCUGACUCUGAUCAGUGGGCAACGGAUGCAAGUUUGGGUUGAAUAUCAUGGUUUAGAGAAGAGAAUGGACGUUACUUUGGCUCCAAUUAAUGUUCCUAAACCCAAGACUCCACUUUUGUCUUUGUCUCGUGAUCUUUCUUCAAUUCUUAACAAUGAGAUGUAUGUUGGUUUUUCAUCGUCAACUGGUUCUGUUCUGACAUCGCAUUAUGUUUUGGGUUGGAGUUUUAGUAUUAAUGGUCAGGCGCAGGAGCUUACCCUGUCUCAACUUCCCAAGCUUCCUCGGUUAGGACGAAAGAAAAGAUCAAGAUUUUUGACAAUUGGGUUACCUUUGAUUUUAGUGAGUUUGGUUCUGGCAGCAGUUUCCGGUGUAGCUUAUUUCAUAAGAAGGAAAAGGAAGUUUGCUGAAGUUGUUGAAGAUUGGGAGCUUGAGUAUGGGCCUCAUAGAUUCAAGUACAAAGAUCUGUAUGUUGCAACAAAAGGAUUCAAAGACAAGGAGCUACUGGGUGCUGGCGGAUUUGGAAAGGUUUAUAGAGGAGUUUUACCGACCAGUAAACUUGAGAUUGCAGUGAAAAGAGUCUCACAUGAAUCAAGGCAAGGGAUGAAGGAAUUUGUAGCAGAAAUUGUAAGUAUCGGUCGUCUCCGGCACCGGAAUUUAGUUCAGCUCUUGGGCUAUUGCCGGCGUAAAGGUGAGCUGCUUUUGGUCUAUGACUACAUGCCUAAUGGAAGUCUAGAUAAGUACUUGUAUGACCAGCCAAACGUCACCCUUAAUUGGAGACAAAGAUUCAGAGUUAUCAAAGGUGUAGCAUCAGGAUUGUUUUAUUUACAUGAAGAAUGGGACCAGGUGGUGAUUCACAGAGAUGUUAAGGCUAGUAAUGUUUUGUUAGAUGGAGAAUUGAACGGAAGAUUGGGAGAUUUUGGCCUUGCAAGAUUAUAUGAUCAUGGUAAAGAUCCACAAACGACUCAUAUUGUGGGAACUCUUGGUUAUCUGGCUCCAGAGCAUACUAGAACUGGGAAAGCCACACCACUCACCGAUGUGUUUGCUUUCGGGGCAUUUUUGCUUGAAGUUGCCUGUGGAAGAAGGCCAAUACAGGCACAAUCUCCAGCAGAAGAUGUAAUUUUGAUUGACUGGGUGUAUUCAUGUUGGUACAAAGGUGAUAUUCUUGAGGCAAAGGAUCCUAAGCUGGGUACAGAAUAUGUAGCAGAGGAAGUCGAGUUGGUCUUAAAACUUGGGUUGCUCUGCUCCCACUCAGAACCUGAAGCAAGGCCAACCAUGCGCCAAUGUGUCCAGUUUUUAGAAGGAGACAUUCCUCUGCCGGAAAUAUCAUCACUUACUCUCUCUUCCGGCGGCCUAGCAUUUGCCCAUCGAGAAGGCUUUGAUGAUUUUGCCAUGUCAUAUACAUCUUCUAUUUACAAGGGAUUCUCCCAGUCAUCAUCCGUUGCAGAGUCUCUGCUCUCAGGAGGUCGAUGAGUUGUAAACUUUUCUCAGAUUUUUAAAUAAAUUUUAAUGCAUUGCUUUUGUAUAGAUGUUACUUGGACAUUGAAAUAGAAAUUUCUGGCAAAGGUUCAACCUUUACUUCCCUUA